AUGAGUCGUCACGCUCGGGCGGGCAUGCAUCCAGAGAAAGGAUUCCACUCGUCACCGACAUCCUGUCCCCAUUCUCUCUCCCCUCUUCUUCGCAACGUUCCUUGUCGGGCAGUUCGAAGACAGGUGAAUUUUGAGGAGGUGGAAGGUGGCGCGGCAUCGCGGCCGAGUACGUUGUCCGCCUCCACGACGCGCUCGCUGCUGAUGCAACACCCAGUCACCGCCACCGCCGCCGCUGCGUCCUCUACGUCUCCUCUAUCUCCGAGGCGGCUCUCGUCGCGCAGCCCGAACGUCCUUUUAACAAUGUGUUUUAACUUCCUCGACGGCGCCUUCUACAGCAUGUGGGCGAUGCAACUCCUUCCCGUCUUCCUGCUCAAGACGUCAUCGAGCAUACUUGUUGUGAGCUUUUCCGCCUCUGUAUGCAGCGCCGCGCAGCUGCUGGGAGCGCUGGUGGCCGGGUGCGUUGCCGACCGCCAGCCGCGGCAGCGCUCCAUUCGGGCAGGUGCCGGCUGUGCCAUGGCGGCACUCGCCGUCUUCGUUUUCGCUUUCUGGACCUCCCGCGUGUGGCUCAUCUUCUGCGCGCAGGCGCUGUGGGGCCUCUACACGGGUAUCACCUCGACCAGCGUGGAGGCGCUCUUCGCCGACAGCGUCCCUCAAGGGCAGCGCACGCUUACCUACAAUGUCAAGUGGGUCAUCCAGACGGUCUGCUACGUUGUCGGCUACGGCGCGGCGACGCUGCUCUUUGCUGAGUGGGGAAACUUAUGGGACCCGCGGCGCGUUCGCGUGGUGAUGACGCUCGGCGUGGUGGUGCACCCGAUCGCCCUCGCGCCGCUGUUCUGGAUGCAGGACCGCUACGCUGUGGAGGAAGGGAACAAGGGCACAUCGCGUAGUACCACGCAGCCCAACACUGUGACAGCCGACGCGGCAUCCGCCGCAGAACCAGGCCGGGCAGUGGUGACCGCUACGGAAAACGAAGCUGUCGAGCCGCCUGUUCACUCGGCCCUGCAGUCAACGACGCAGCAGCCGCCAGGUGCCGACCCCGCGUUGGUGGCUGGAUCGGUUGACGUCACCUUCUCCCAUGUCCUCACGGAUGGAGCUCGCCUCCGGUUCACGGAUGCGCUUCCGUUGAGCACCUCCGACAAGACCUUUGGAACAGAAGGUUGCGAUGGCGACGCCGAAGACGUGCGGGAGAAAACAGCAACGACCAGACAUGCCGCGCUCAGGGAAGGUCUUCUCAGCGCACCUGUAAACGAUGGAGGCUCUUCUCAGCAGCGGCAGCAGCAACAGCAAAACUCGAGCAGCGUGUUACGGGACGACGGCGAAGGCGUGCCGUGGGUGCCCCGUAUCAUCGGCAGCCUCACCCACAGCCGCUGGCAUGGCUUGACGGCGGUGCCGUACUGGAUGUGCGCGGUCGAUCUCCUCCUCGCCAUCGGCUCCGGGAUGUCGGUGCCGUACUUCUCUCUGUUCUUCGUCUCUGACCGCGAGAUAAGCCCCGCCGCUCUCAACGGCAUCUACAUCGCCUCCACCUUGCUGACCGCCGUCACCUCCAUGUGCCUGCCGUGGCUCAUCCACACCUGUGGGCUCGGCCGCGUCCCAGCAGCGAUGGGUGUGCGGCUUGUGGGCACAGCGGCGCUCUUCAUGCUCACCACGGCCGCGACAUUGCCGGGCAUCAUCGCACUCUUUCUUUGCCGCAAUGCGCUCAUGAACUCCGUCUUUGGCAUCACCCGCAGUGUCAUCAUGGACUGCGUGGCCAAGGACAGCCGCGCGAAGUGGUCGGCGCUCGAGAGCGUCUCCCUCUUUUCCUGGUCCGGCAGCGCCAUGAUUGGCGGCUACAUUGCGAAGCGGCACGGCUACCGCUGCACCUUCGUCGCGACAGCGAUGCUUCAGUUCGUGGCAACGCUUCUCAUGAUACCGGCCGCUCUUGGUGCACGCGCGCUCGACGCCUCACUGAGUAAUGCGCCGCAGGUCGUGGAGGAUGUCACGCUGACCGUCUCGCCGACAACACCCUAA